AUGCAAAGUUGGCCAUUUGCCGGCAAAAGCUUGGCAACUGAAUUACAGGAGUAUGCGAGGCGUAAUUAUGUAAGUUUGGCGGUCAUAGGCAGCAUUCUAUUGCUUUUAUUCAUUGUAUCGCACUUAACAGCUCGUAGACGAUACAACAAGAAGUUGCUUGGGCUUUCACGCUCGCACGUAUCGUUAAAGUGCACCAGCGCAGUAAUUAAAAAGAUCACUGAUAACAUAUAUCUCGUCUACCUGGAUAGGCCCAUGAUUGUCUUCCUGUCUCCGGUGAGCGGAACACUUUUGAUUGCGAAUCCUUUGGCACUGGAGGAGAGUCAAAUGCGCUUCUUUGAAGACAUAACAUCGGUGUCUAACUACGAGGAUGCUGUUUCCAUAAUCAUUAGCACAUCUUCCCGGGACGACACCCAAUUCUAUAAACUCCGGUAUCCUAAUGCUAAGGUCUUCCGGUCGAUAACUGCAUAUGAGGCGUACAUUACCAAGCACACAGAGUUCUCACAAGUGGCUUUGCAGAGACCCCAUCGCCGAACAGAUAACUGCGGAGACGCCUUGAUUCUCAUCAAUGAUAUCUCUGCCCUCAGUCAUAGAAAGAGAAAAGAGGAUAAUUCACAGACUAACAACAUCAUUUGCUGCCUACCAAAGACCUUUCAUGGAUCUAAUAAGGUCACAUGCAACAGGUUUAUGAGAGAGGCUUUUGCACAGACCCUCCUUUCGAUGACUACCACAUCGGCAAAUAUGUCCCAAAGGUUGUCUGCUGCUAACUCUAGAAGCUCUAGAAAUACACUCGGAAGGAAUGUCUUCCUUGGUCUUAGUCCUAAUAUCAUAGUAACAUAUCAGGGAGAAGUGUUCCUCGGCCGUGAGAUGUGUGACGCAAUCCUUAUAGCGGGUGCGGAGGCACUCAAGCCAGGAUCUACUGUGGAGCUUCGUGAACAUUGA